AUGCGAUCAGAAGAGUUUCAGGCGAAGAUAAAGAGAGGCAAAGAGCAGUGGAGAUGGUCUGAAAUGCAAGGUCUUGAAGUUGUCUCUGAAAACCCAAAUCCACCCUUGGGUUCACAACACAAACCGACUCAAACCAGAACCCAAGAUAUGGAAAUGGAAGGAGAAAAUAGUAAAAAUGCAGAUAAAGAUAACAAGGGGAGUUCAGUUGGAUUUGGAGAGCUGUUUAGAUUUGCAGAUAGAUUAGAUUAUGUGUUAAUGGGGAUUGGUACAGUUGGUGCCUUUGUUCAUGGCUGUUCUUUGCCUAUUUUUCUCAGAUUCUUUGCUGAUCUUGUCAAUUCAUUUGGCUCCAAUCCAAAUGACACUGAUAAAAUGACUCAAGAAGUGUUAAGGUAUGCAUUUUACUUUCUUGUAGUUGGAGCUGCAAUAUGGGCAUCUUCAUGGGCAGAGAUAUCAUGUUGGAUGUGGACAGGAGAGAGGCAAUCAACAAAAAUGAGGAUUAAAUACCUAGAAGCAGCACUGAGUCAAGACAUUCAGUUCUUUGACACAGAAGUCAGAACUUCAGAUGUUGUAUUUGCUAUCAAUACUGAUGCUGUUAUGGUUCAAGAUGCCAUUAGUGAAAAGUUAGGGAAUUUUAUACACUAUAUGGCAACAUUUGUGUCUGGAUUUGUGGUGGGAUUCACGGCGGUUUGGCAACUGGCGCUGGUGACACUUGCGGUGGUGCCGCUAAUAGCUAUAAUCGGAGCUAUUCACACCACCACAUUAGCUAAACUGUCUUCUAAAAGCCAACAAGCCCUUUCAGAAGCUGGAAACAUCGCUGAGCAGACGAUUGCGCAAAUUCGAACCGUUUUCGCCUAUGUUGGUGAAUCAAGGGCACUACAAGCCUACUCUGCCGCACUAAAGAUCUCACAGAAACUUGGAUACAAAACUGGAUUUUCAAAAGGAUUGGGAUUAGGAGCAACUUAUUUCACAGUCUUUUGUUGCUAUGCACUUCUUCUAUGGUAUGGAGGCUAUCUUGUUAGACACCAUUACACGAACGGAGGACUCGCUAUUUCCACGAUGUUCUCAGUCAUGAUCGGUGGACUUGCUUUAGGCCAAUCUGCUCCAAGUAUGUCUGCAUUUGCAAAAGCACAAGUAGCAGCGGCUAAAAUCUUUCAAAUAAUCGAUCAUAAACCAACCGUUGAUAGAAACAGUGAAUCGGGGUUGGAGUUGGAUUCCGUUUCAGGUCAAGUAGAAUUAAAAAAUGUUGACUUUUCAUACCCGUCAAGACCAGAUACUAAAAUUCUUAACAAUUUCACUUUGAGUGUUCCUGCUGGAAAAACCAUUGCUUUGGUUGGAAGCAGUGGUUCUGGGAAGAGCACCGUUGUUUCCCUCAUUGAAAGAUUCUAUGAUCCCACCUCAGGUCAAGUAAUGCUUGAUGGGCAUGACAUCAAGGGACUCAAAUUGAGAUGGUUAAGGCAACAUAUUGGUCUGGUUAGCCAAGAGCCAGCACUGUUUGCAACCACCAUCAAAGAAAACAUACUUUUGGGUCGGCCCGACGCAUCCAUGGUCGAGAUUGAAGAAGCUGCACGUGUCUCAAACGCUCAUUCGUUCAUCAUCAAAUUACCCGACGCCUACGAUACUCAGGUUGGGGAGAGAGGAUUACAGUUAUCAGGAGGACAGAAGCAGAGAAUAGCGAUAGCGAGAGCAAUGCUAAAGAAUCCGGCGAUCUUGCUUUUGGAUGAGGCCACGAGUGCUUUGGAUUCGGAAUCAGAAAAGUUGGUACAAGAGGCGUUAGACCGGUUCAUGAUCGGAAGGACUACUCUUGUGAUCGCUCACCGCCUCUCCACCAUACAAAAGGCGGAUCUCGUGGCGGUUUUGCAGCAAGGUGGUGUUUUGGAGAUCGGAACUCAUGAUGAUCUUAUUGCCAAAGGCGAAAAUGGGGUCUACGCUAAGCUCAUAAAGAUGCAAGAAGUAGCCCAUGAAACUGCAAUCAACAAUGCCCGAAAGAGCAGUGCACGGCCUUCUAGUGCAAGAAACUCGGUGAGUUCACCUAUAAUUACCCGAAACUCGUCUUAUGGGAGAUCGCCGUACUCUCGGAGGUUAUCUGAUUUCUCGACCUCGGACUUUAGCCUAUCGGUUGAUGGAGGAUACCCGAACUAUCGGCUCGAGAAGCUUCCGUUUAAGGAGCAAGCGAGCUCCUUCUGUCGGCUCGCAAAAAUGAACUCUCCUGAAUGGACCUACGCUUUGAUAGGCUCGGUGGGUUCGGUCAUUUGCGGUUCACUGAGCGCGUUUUUUGCUUACGUUCUCAGCGCUGUCCUCAGCGUGUACUACAACCAAGAUCAUGCAUACAUGAUUCAAGAAAUCGGGAAAUACUGUUAUCUGUUGAUCGGGGUGUCUUCGGCUGCUCUUAUUUUCAACACGUUGCAGCAUUUUUUCUGGGAUGUCGUUGGAGAAAACUUGACGAAAAGGGUUCGAGAGAAGAUGCUGGAUGCGGUUUUGAAGAAUGAAAUGGCAUGGUUCGAUCAGGAGGAGAAUGAGAGCUCAAGAGUAGCAGCCAGGCUGGCUCUAGAUGCGAAUAAUGUUCGGUCCGCAAUUGGGGACCGAAUUUCCGUGAUCAUGCAGAACUCCGCCCUCAUGUUGGUUGCCUGCACCGCCGGUUUUGUUCUUCAAUGGCGCCUCGCCCUGGUUCUCGUUGCCGUUUUCCCUCUGGUGGUUGCAGCAACUGUAUUGCAGAAAAUGUUUAUGCAAGGAUUUUCCGGCGAUUUGGAAGGUGCACACGCCAAAGCUACGCAGCUCGCAGGGGAGGCAGUGGCGAAUAUGAGAACGGUGGCAGCGUUCAAUUCGGAGUCGAAAAUCGUAAAGCUUUUCACAGCAAGUCUUGAUGUGCCACUUCGUAGAUGCUUUUGGAAGGGACAGAUAGCGGGGAGUGGGUUCGGGAUGGCUCAGUUCUUGCUCUAUGCUUCGUAUGCGCUUGGCCUUUGGUACGCGUCGUGGCUCGUAAAGCAUGGCAUUUCCGAUUUCUCCAAGACCAUUCGGGUGUUCAUGGUUCUCAUGGUCUCAGCAAAUGGUGCAGCCGAGACCCUAACUCUUGCUCCCGAUUUCAUCAAGGGCGGCCGAGCAAUGAAGUCGGUGUUCGAUCUUCUUGACCGGAAAACCGAGAUCGAGCCCGAUGAGCUCGACGCGAUUCCUGUCCCUGACCGUCUCCGCGGUGAAGUGGAACUCAAGCACAUCGACUUUUCUUACCCGUCUCGUCCUGACAUCCCGGUUUUCCGUGACAUCUGUCUACGAGCUCGAGCCGGAAAGACUCUUGCCCUGGUGGGCCCAAGCGGUUGCGGGAAAAGCUCGGUGAUCGCACUGAUACAAAGAUUCUAUGAGCCAUCAUCCGGACGUGUGACCAUCGAUGGAAAAGAUAUCCGGAAAUACAACCUAAAGUCACUACGCCGCCACAUCGCCGUGGUCCCACAAGAACCGUGCCUCUUCGCCACCACAAUCUAUGAAAACAUCGCGUACGGACACGAGUCGGCAACCGAGGCCGAGAUCACGGAAGCCGCCACCCUCGCAAACGCUCACAAGUUCAUAUCCUCAUUACCAGACGGAUACAAAACGUUCGUAGGGGAAAGAGGCGUGCAGCUCUCCGGAGGGCAAAAACAACGUGUGGCCAUCGCAAGGGCGUUUUUGAGAAAAGCCGAGAUCAUGUUGCUAGACGAGGCUACGAGUGCACUAGACGCAGAGUCCGAAAAGUGCAUUCAAGAGGCUCUCGAGCGUGUUUGCUCAGGAAAAACAACGAUAAUCGUAGCACAUCGACUAUCGACGAUACGCAAUGCACACAGCAUCGCGGUCAUCGAUGAUGGGAAAGUGGCAGAACAAGGAUCACACUCGCAUCUACUGAAAAACUACGUAGACGGAUGUUACGCGAAGAUGAUUCAGUUACAGAGAUUUUCACACGGGCACGAGGCCAUAAAGAUGGUAUCAACCGGUUCGAGUUCAUCAACUACGAGAGACGAACAAAUAUGAAAAACCGAAGAUAACGAAAGUAUUUUGUGUUUUAUUUUUCGUUAUCUUUGUGGGGUGUAACUUAAAAAUGUAUGUUGGUAAGCGUAGUUCACGUUAUUCUACAGUAAAUUUACAAAAAGAAGGGUUGUAUUUACCGAAAUUUAAACGAAAACGACGGGUUGAAGAUGUUAUCUGUAACGAUUACGAUUUUAACAUAAAAUUGAUUAUAAGCAA